CUGUGUAUCUGAGCCGCACUGUGUGGGAAGCGCAGUGUAGUGUUGAUCUCAAAUCAACAUCCAGGGCUGAUUUUACUCGACAGUGGCCCGGAUGUGGCUUCACCUGCCACACAUUUGUGUUGUUCAAUGAAUACGCUCGGAGGUUUGUGUCAGAGAAGCAGCGACGACAUGGAGGCUGUUCAGUAAUCUACAGAACCUGUACAGAAACAUGCAGCACACAUCAUGCACGGAGGACAGGAUCCAGCACGCUUUGGAUCGGUGUCUGGAUGGACUCAGACAGAGCCCAACUGCAGCUCACCACUGGAAUGUGUUGAUGUGCUCAGCAGGCCAGUCAAUGAACCGCUGGAGCCUCGAGGAGCUGGUGAAGAGGGACCCAGACAACUUCCUCAUCCUCUUACAGCAGAUUAUCAGAAAAACCAAAGAGGUUCAGGAGCUCUCCCAGUAUGAACUGGUGGCUCCACUCGCAAUCAUGUUCUACUCCACGCUACUUCAGACACCUUACUGCCCGCCAGACAGGGAGCUGCUUGAAGAAGCCAUCGAGGUGUUCCGCUGCUUCCUCACCUGGCCUGAACCUUACUGCAGUGUGUGUCGAAACCUUCUUUCCACACUCCAGCUGGAGAUCAAGGCCCCAGGAAUUUCCUUCCAGAGAUUGGUUAGAGAGGAGCAGAGUCUGAACACAGCCACUGAAAACUCCAGAACCAUGACUGUUCUGCUGAUGAACCCGGCUGAAGUUCCUCCUGACUUUCUCUCAGUGGCUGAGCAGCUCUGCAGCAUUCAGCACUCACAGAAGGAAACCUACAUCACUCUGAUCAAGCAUGCGUUCCAGUCCACUCUAGGCACCAAGUACCCACUUCACAGCAUCCAGAGAGCCCUGGAGGGAAUGGGACUGACAGAACUUGGAGAAGCCUUCUCUACAUUGAAUAAUCUUUUGGAGACGGCUGCUGCCAUGGGUGCUCCUGAGAAAGGCCGCAGCCAUAUCAUUGCUGGACUUGAGGCACUGAGGGAGGCGCUGAACAUCCCAGGCUCCAAUGGAAGGAAGUCUGAUGGAAUGCUACAAACACUUCCAGUCCCCACUGCCAAAUGUCACAUGUUCCACUGGGAGAACGAUAACUUUGAUGUGUUGAACAACCUCUUGGAUCAUGAUGUUGAGGAAAUUAUAAAACGUGAACAGACCGAAGAGGAGCUGAGCUACGAUGAUGACGAUGACAUCGACAAUCACACAGGGAGUGAAAAUGAAGACGCAGACAAGAAAGAGGAGGAGCUUGAUCUCGAUUUGCCCUCGCUGACUUUCAUUCCUGACGGCAACGAUGCCAACUAUCGGGUCUCAACCUUCUCCACUAUUUCCUCCUUUUCGACGGCCUCCAAAGACUCCAUGUUCUCAACGUUGUCUGCAGCCUCCGAGUGUUACACCCCGUCGCUCAUCUCCGUCACAUCUGGAAUCGACAGUGACUACUUCGAGGACCCAGACGACAAUAUAGGCCUUCCUGUUUUAGGUGAAAAGGUCUCACCCAAGACUCUCAAGACAUCGGUUCGCCUCAGCCAGCACUUGCAUCGCCUCUUUGUGAGGCCCAAAAGCCCUCGUCUGCUGUAUCGUGCCAAAAGUUUAGGUACUGCGGAAGCUAAAGACUUUUCUGUGGUGCAAAAGAAGCGCUCCAACUCUUUACCCCAACAGGUCCAGUUCAAUACUACAAAGUCUUUAAUGAACCCACCGCUUCAGACUCUCCAGCACGUGUGCUUUAGAAGACGGCCUAUUCUGAGUAGUGACGGAGAGAAUAAGGACACUACGCUGAGGGUGGUGGUGUUUGGUGCUGAUCAUGUGGCAGGGAAGGUGGCGCGGGCUUACAACAGUCUCCGACAACGGGAAAGCGAAUGUCCACGUCUUAGCACAGCCUUCAGGCUUCAGUUCUAUUUUGUUCCUGUCAAGAAAAAGACAGCGGCAACUCCAGUGACGAAUCAUGUGACCCACAUCACGGCUCAGAAGGGAACUCCAAGGUCGAAUGACUUUAAUGUCCCUGGCUCAGUGGACAGCACUAAUGACAUUGCCAAUCUCCUUGGCAUGUUGGAUCCCUGGUACGAAAGAAACACUCUCAGCUUGCUUAACUUGCCUUCCAAUGUUGUCUGCCAGCAAACAUCCAAGACUGAGUCAGAGUCCUACAACAGUUCUUAUGAGCAACGCCUGCCCAUCCUGGCUGACCUGAUCCUGUACUACUGUCGCUAUGCCGCCCGCCCUGCACUGAUCCAGCUCUACAAAGCGGAGUUGACGUUAGCAUCCGGAGAGAGGAAGCUGGAGGUGUUUGUUCACUCCCUGGAGCUGGGUCACAGUGCAGGAACACGAGCGAUCAAGGCGAUGGGUGCUGGCAGUAAGCGGUUUGGCAUCGAUGGUGACAGAGAAGCACUGCCUCUGACCCUGGAUGUUGUGUACAACAAGGUCACGAUUAGUGGAAGAAGCCAGUGGAAAAGGGAAACGAAAGUGUGUACUUCAGUAAACUUGACCAAAGCCUGUAAGAACCCUGAGGAACUAGACUCAAAGAUGGAGUGUUUGCUGCUCACCAUGACGGAGGUCCUGAAAAGACAGAACAGUAAAGCCAAAAAGGGCAUUAACCAGCAGCUGAGCCUCACUGAGGUCAAAGUCGACAAGGUGCAGGUCAGCGGUGUGGAAAACACAACCUUUGCUGUGUGUCUGGACCAAGAUGAGAAAAAAAUAAUGCAAAGUGUUGUCAGGUGUGAAGUCUCAGUGUGUUUCAAACCUGACAACUCUUCAGACUGGCGCCUUCGAAGAAGACAUCAGACGGCUCAAAUCAAACCGCUCAACCCCACGUUCUGCUCCCUUCUCUGCUUGCCCAUAGUCACCUUCAGUGGGCCUCUUCCUUGAGUUCCACGGAACACGGUGCUGGAGCAAAAAUAAAUAAUAAUAUUAAAUCACAUUAUUGUGUUAUAGGACCGUGUCUUUAUCUCAGAGAAUACACUGUAAAAGCAUCUAUAUAUUUUUCUUAUUCGUUUUUUAUAUGAUGUUGUUAUUGUAUAGCAUGUUGGGUUUUGUUAUGUUUGUUUUUUGUUUUAAACUGAGUGAUGCCAUGGUUUGUGUUGUGCGAUUAUUAAACUGACCAGCAGGGGACAGUGUUGACAAAUCAUUUGCCUUGUCGCGUAACACGGUUGUAGAACACAAUUCCGAAAUUGAAAUACACUGUUUUGCACUUUUCCCCCCCCACACAAUUGCUUUUUUUAACUGAAGUUGUAUGUAAGACUAAAAGAGAUCAUUGUCGUUUGGUACAAAAAUAAAACUG